AGUAGUAGGCAGCAGGCAGUUGUCUGCGGUGGGGCGCGAGGUGGUUAAGAGAGAAACGACAGACGGAUUCGAAUCGAGUUGUAAUACCGCGCCCUCCGUCGCAUGCACCGCGCGGACGUUUACGUCACUCGGGUUUCACGUCGGGUGGUUACUCAUGAGACUCGGAGAAACAAGUCGCGGGUGUCAGUGAGGCUCGGACGCCGAUUCUGUGCGCGAGCGAACGCCUCCCCCCGGAGCUACGACACAACCACUGUGCUACGACCACGACCACGACCAGGACGGCGACCGCGACGGCCAUGAGGUCGUGAGGAAGAAGAAGAAGUUGGCGCGUAUUUGCGCAACGAACGAGUAGAACGAGUAGAACGAAUAAAACGCCACGAGAAUAAACAUAGGACUUUGAUAAGAGGCCCUUCUGGGAUCGCGCGUGAACAUUGUGAACGUUCGGAGGAAGUGUACACGUGUCGAGGAGGUGCCACUACCAUCCGUCGAGGAGGACUCAGGAGCCUCAGGAACGCAGAGACUCCGGUUCGUGAGCGCCCCGAGCAACGUGUACCGUGAAUUCCAAGUGCCAUAGAACAACUCCCAACCUGACUCCGAAUAUUCCGCAGCGGGAAGACUUUGCCGAUUUCUCGUGACUUUACUCUGGACUGGUCGGAGCGAUCGUCCUCUGCGUGUCAGUCCCACGUGACCGAGAGAGGUUGACAAUCUUAGGAAGAGUGACAGUGAGGAGUGGACGAAGGAGAAGAUUUUGAAUGUGCAUAAGAGGGAGUGAAAGGAAAAGUCUUUCUCUUUCUGUUGUUUCAACCAAGUGCAGUGUACGCGCAUAACCAGUGCCUAGCGGACGUGGGAGGAUCGAUCGAUCGGUGAUGCGCUUGUCAGGCGGCUGAACCCUUUUUUUUCCGAGUCGCGCCGAGGAAGAUAUAUAAAUUCUUCUUGAAGAAGAUGUCUACCCAGGCUUACUACAAGGAGCGGCUGGGUUUCGACCCGGCCGACACCGUCGCCGAGCAUCAUCGCGAGCAGCGUUCGCAGCACGGAUACGAGGAGUCGCUCUCCAAGUUCAAAGACGAGCGAGACGCCAUACAGAAGAAGACCUUUACGAAAUGGGUGAACAAACAUCUGAAAAAGCACUGGAAAUACGUCAAGACCUACACGUGUCUCCACGUGUGCGUCAUCGUCAACAACCAGCCAUGCUGUUCUCCCACCGCAAGCAGACAUGUCGGCGACCUGUUCGAAGACCUGCGGGACGGGCACAAUCUCAUUUCUCUGCUGGAAGUGCUUUCGGGCGAGCAUCUUCCACGGGAAAGAGGACGAAUGCGUUUCCACAUGCUGCAGAAUGUGCAGAUGGCAUUAGACUUUUUGCGCUACAAAAAAAUCAAGCUGGUGAACAUCCGGGCGGAGGACAUUGUCGAUGGAAAUCCCAAACUUACCCUGGGUCUUAUUUGGACGAUCAUCCUCCACUUCCAGAUAUCGGACAUAGUCGUAGGCCAGGAGCCCAACGUGACAGCGCGCGAAGCAUUGUUAAGAUGGGCCAGGCGAUCUACGGCACGUUACCCAGGAGUCCGAGUGACCGACUUCACGGGAUCCUGGAGGGACGGACUUGCCUUCAGUGCGCUUCUCCAUCGGAAUCGACCGGACCUCGUCGACUGGAGGAACGCGCGUUCCAGUCAGCCCCGAGAACGGCUCGACCGGGUCUUCCACAUCGCUGAGCGCGAGUACGGCGUUACGAGGCUUCUCGAUCCCGAAGAUGUGGAUACCCCUGAACCGGACGAGAAGUCCCUGAUAACGUACAUCUCUUCGCUUUACGAUGUGUUCCCGGAGCCACCGGCAAUUCAUCCUCUGUACGAUGCCGAAGCUCAGCGUCGUUCCGCCGAGUAUCGUGAACUCGCAUCCUCGUUGCAUCUUUGGAUACGCGAGAAGAUGGCUCUGAUGCAGGAGCGGGCGUUCCCGCCGACCCUCAUCGAGAUGAAGAAGCUCGCUGCUGACAGCGCCAAGUUUAAGAACGAGGAAGUGCCGCCACGCUAUCGCGACAAGCAGCGAUUGGCGCACAUAUUCCGUGAUCUUCAGAAGUACUUCGAAGCCGUAGGCGAAGUCGACAUGGAGCCUGAGCUUCAUAUCGAUGUUAUCGAGAAGAAUUGGAACCGAUUGAUGAUGUUGCACCAGGAACGUGACCAGGCUAUUCUCGAUGAGAUCAAACGGCUUGAACGGUUACAGCGACUCGCGGAGAAGGUACACCGUGAGAUGAAGUCAACGGACAACCGUCUGGAGGAACUGGAAAGGCGCGUUGAAGAUGAGGCCCGCCGACUUGAUCGGCUCCAUCCUCUGGAGGCAAAACACGCGGUCGACCUGCUGGAACAAGACAUUCGCAACACGGAGAUACAGAUUCAGAACAUCUUCACCGACGUGCACACCCUCACCGAGGGCAGAUACAGUCAAGCUCCUGAGCUUCACAAGAGAGUGCAAAAGCUGCAUCAGCGAUGGGUAGCCCUGCGCUCUCUGUUGCACAAACGGCUGGUGCAGCCCCUAUCGGCCGUCUCCUUCCCCGUAGAGGAGCGCGUCGUCACGAAGCACCGUACUACCGUCCACGAAACUCGACUAGUAGACACGAAUCCUCAUUUCCGAGCGCUGCACGACUGCAUCGAUUGGUGCAAGAAUAAGUUGAAGCAAUUCCAAGAGGCAGAUUACGGUUCGGAUCUACCUGGUGUGCAGAACGAGUUGGAAAUCCAUCAGCGUGAGCACAAAAAUGUCGAGCAAUUUCGCACGAAGGUCGAUAAGUGCGUUCAGGCUAAGAACAACUUCCACGGGGAGGAGCUGACCCUGUACAGCCAACACCUCAGUACUCUGCAGAAACUAUACACUGAGCUUCUCGUGACUUCGAACAAACGACUCUCGGAUCUCGAUACACUUCACGAUUUUAUCCAGUCAGCCACCGGUGAGCUUGUUUGGCUCAAUGCCAAGGAGGAGACGGAGGUAACACGCGACUGGAGUGACAAGAACCUUAAUAUUCAGAGCAUCGAGCAGUACUACGAGCAAACCUAUGGAUCUGGAAUAGAGUCGUUGAUGAGUGACCUGGAAAAGCGAGAGAUUCAGUUCUCGGCGGUUCAGGAUCGCGGCGAGGCACUUGUGCUUCAACAUCAUCCGGCUGCUAAAACCAUUGAGGCCUAUAUGUCGGCUAUGCAGAGCCAGUGGGCUUGGCUUCUUCAAUUGACCCUCUGCUUAGAAGUCCACCUAAAACAUGCUGCUCAAAGCCAGCAAUUCUUCAAAGACAUUCAACAUGCGGAACAGUGGAUUACAAAGCGCGAUGAAGUCCUGAACAGCGUUUAUUCCCAAUCGGAUUUCACUCUUGAUGAGGGUGAGCGUCUUCUCAAGGGCAUGCAAGAACUUAGGGAAGAGCUCAACGGAUAUGACGAUCACGUACAGCGACUCGUUGAACGAGCCAAGGAGAUCGUCCCGAUGAAACAACGUCGACAGCCCGUCACUAGGCCUCUUCAGGUUACCUCGAUCUGCAGUUACAAGCAAGUCAACAUUUCAAUCGAGAAGGGAGAGCAGUGCACUCUCUACGACAAUUCAGGUCGCGUGAAGUGGCGAGUGAAGAACUCUCAAGGCGUCGAGUCGCCGGUGCCAGGCGUCUGUUUUGCUCUCCAGCCACCAGACAAGGAAGCUUUGGACAGCGCAGAACGACUGCGUCGACAGUACGACAGAAGUGUUGCCCUUUGGCAGCGUAAACAGCUGCGUCUGCGGCAGAAUAUGAUCUUUGCUACCAUCAAGGUGGUCAAGGGUUGGGACUUGCCCCAGUUCUUGGCUAUGGGUCAGGAUCAGCGUACUGCUAUACGUAAGGCCCUCAACGAGGACGCCGACAAGCUCCUCUCGGAGGGCGAUCCGGCUGAUCCUCAGCUGAGAAGAUUGAAGCGCGAGAUGGCCGACGUGAACAGGCUGUUUGACGAUUUCGAGAAGCGCGCCAGAGCCGAAGAGGAAUCUAAGAACGCUGGUCGCAUCUUCAACGACCAGGUAUCCUCGCUCCAACAGGCUCUCGAGGAGGCCGAGCGUGUUUUGAACUCGCGCAUCGCUGCACCCUUGCCCAGAGACCUCGACAGUCUAGAACACCUUGUCCUCGAACAUAAGGACUUUGAACAGAGUCUGCAGCGACUUGCUCCUGACGUCGAGCAGGUACAACAAACCUUCCGUGGCAUCACCCUAAAGACGCCAGCAAUGAGGAACAAGCUGGAUAAUAUCACGAGCAAGUGGAAUCAUCUCUGGAACGUGAGCAAUCUCUACAUCGAGCGGCUGAAGUGCGUGGAAAUCGUUCUCUCCGGCCUCGAAGAAAACACUGCGGCCAUAUCCGAGUUCGAGAUCAAGCUCGCCUCCUUCGGAGAACUGCCAUCCGAUGUCAAGGCUCUCCAGAAUGUCUUGGAAGAUCUCAUGGUCCUGCAAAAUGCCAUUUCCCAGCAGCAGGUCCUCAUAGAUCAACUGAACGACGACGCGCACAACGCAAGACGACUUGUCGAAAAGUCAAGACCCAAUCAUCGUGGACCCCACGGCGACAUGGAUCGUCUCGACGCAGAGGUUAACCGGCUAAACGCCCGCUGGACCAACGUCUGCGGACAACUCGUUGACAGACUUCGCGGUGCUGAGGCGGCUUACGCCUUGGCACAGCAGUACAACUCUGCUUACCAGAACGAAGCCGACUUUGUCGACGACGCAUUCGGCAAACUUGAAAACUUUGCUCCUGUUCGUAACAAACCUCAGGAACUCGAAACUACCAAGAAUCUACUAAACAGGGCUGUAGAACGCGGCCCUGCCAUCGAGGCGCUCAAUGUCACUGGCGGAAGGUUGAUUCGCGAGGGCAAGAUCUACGGGCAGAGGCUCAGGGCGUUCAAGGAGCAGCUCGAGGAAGUCUGUCCGUCGCUCGACGCCUCGGUCAAACGUCCAAGAAGAGAUUCCGUCAAUACCGUCGACGACGUCGCCCGUCAACUUGACACACUCAACAGAAAAUACACGAACCUCCUGACACUACUGCAGGAACGGAUACGGAAGCUUCUUCUGCUCUACCCCGAGGACAUUUCUCUUCAACGUGCUCUCCAGGAGCAGCGUCCUCUGCGAACCUUCCGCACCGAGUUCAAUAUCUAUGAGAGCACCUCCAGCGAAGAACGCUACACGUCCACGACAACCCAUUACACACAGUCUCAGUACACGUCCGAACGACAUGAGUCAACGGCGACGACAAUUUCGAACGAGUUGACGGCAAAGUCCUCUACUCUUCAGCAAGAGCAACAGAAAGCGUCAUCGAGAGAGUCGUCUCCAUUGAAGAGGCCGCACGAAAGACAGGAUGAGGAUCAACGUGAUAGCCAGAAUGUUCAGGAACGUCAGAGCAGGACGAGGAACGGAGAGACGGCCGGCCGGUCCGGGAGCAACGAGGCCUCAAGGUCUCAGUGGUCCGGGAGUAGUAUGCAGUUUAGCGAGAUCAGAAGCUUAAAGAGGGUUCACAGAUCCGAGGAGGGUAUAGGAACUGAGAACAUAGUUGAUGCUAGAGGUAUCGUUGACCCGGCUACGGGAGAAAUUUUGACAGUAGGGCAAGCUAUAAGUAUGAGGAUAUUGGACGUCAGGAAUGGUAGGAUAGCUAGCUCAGCGGAUGGUAAAGUGAGCGUGCCUAUUGAGGAGGCAGCUAGGGCUAAUUUGAUUGAUCCGAAACUUGCGAACAGACUCUUAGGACCUUGCGGCGUCACCGAGGACGGUCAACGUGUUUCCCUCCUCGAGGCCAUUCAGCGCGAGCUAUUGGAUGCGGAGAGGACCGUUCCUCCGCACCCUCAGUCCCAAUCGUAUCAGUCUCAGGAAGCCAACAGAGCUAAGGUAACGUAUUUCGGCGUCUCGCCAUCGGACGAGAAGCCUCUUGAGAGCGGUGGCGACGGUGAUGCCGACGGAGUUAGCGUUGCUGAUGCGAUGAAACGUGGUCUGCUCGAUCCGGAAAGCGGUCGUUUUAUCAGUGCCGACGGGGAACGUAUGAGCAUCGAGGAGGCGUACGCGCGCGGUUUCCUCGUGCGAAUCGACACCAGCGUCAAGAUUAAACGUGGCGCCCUUGCUCUCGCCGAUGCCCUCAGUCAGGGUCUCGUCGACGAGAGAAGCGGUCGUGUGGCCGAUCGUAACACUGGCGAGGAGUACAGUCUCGACGAGGCUAUCGCGCGUGGUAUCCUCCUGCCAGACGUCCGCGAAAUUGUCGACACCAAGAAUGACACGAAGGUCAGUCUCGCGGUGGCCAUCGAGCGUGGCAUCCUGAACCCUAAAACUGGAAGAUACAUACAUGGAAUAUCUUUGGAAAAGCUUCCUUUGAAAGAGGCCAGGAGACGUCAGCUGAUCUUGAAGCCCAUGACCCUGAAGGAUUGCUGUGACUUGGAGAUCAUCGACGAGCAUGGAAAGAUUGCGAGUCCAGCACAUCGUGCCAAACUUGGAAUUCUCGAGGCCAUUGAUCGUGGUGUUCUCGAUGCGGAUCAUGUUAAAUCAGUUACUGAUACCAGAACGAGUGAACUCAUUACCUUGAACGAUGCUCUGGCUUGCGGCAUCAUAACUCCUGCGAAUACGUUCCGGGACGCACUAACGGGCGAAGAAUCCACGAUUUCGGAGGCAGUCGACCGCGGACUCCUUACAUCCGUCGCUCAAAAAUCGAUCUUUGACAUAGAUGGUUUCAAGGAUCCAAUAUCCGGAGAAUUCAUAAGUCUGAACGCAGCGCUUCUCAAGGGUUUGGUCAGUCCCAAAUCUGGAGGAUCCUUUGUAGUGGACCCGAAUACCGGGAGGACAGUGUCCCUGGAUGAGGCUGCAGAACUUGGACACGCACGUCCUGAGGUACUGGAAAUGCUGAACCGUGGAAUCGGAGUAACCGACCAGGGACGUGAACUGAGUGUCCUUGAAGCUGUACUGCUAGGUGUACUGGAUCCAAGAUCUGGACAGCUUCUUGAUCCUAGAACUAAGAGACCAGUACCCCUUGAAGAAGCCAUUAGGCGUGCUCUCGUGACACCCGACGGUGCUGCUCUGCUUGCGAGUCUUCUAAACAUUACCGUCACUACGCAGACCCUCACAAAGACAAUAAAGCGUUACGUAACAGUUACUGAAACUGGCGAAACCAUCACCAGGGACUACAAGAUCGCCUAUGGAGAAGCUGUUGCCCGAGGUUAUCUCAACGAAGAGACUGCAGAAUUCCGUGAUCCCGACAGUGGUCGUUGUCUAGCAUUACGUGAAGCCAUUCAGGAAGGUCUGGUUGGGGAACCUGAUGCGUCAUCUUCCUCCAGGAGGCGUCAAAUAAUCGAGAGUUCGCCAAUUCGUGUGAUCAGUAGAUCGAGCAUUUCAAGGGAUUCUUCUCCGCCAAAAGCUAUUGGCAUUACCACUGCCAUUAUUACCACCCGAGAGGUUCCGCCCUCUACGUCCACUACCUACAUCCCAGAUUCUACGAGAAACAGGAGCACGGUAACUAUCACUUCCAGUGUCUCACCCACUGAUCUUAAACAUCCACAGUCAGGUCGAAGCUCCUCUGCGUCCAGGACACCUUCGCCCAUCACCGAGAGACGUGAGAUUACUGAAUCCUUCGAAUCUAAUGAGAAAUCAGUUGAAUCUACAGAAAGGAAAGUUUUCGAGUUACCCCGCGAUGGAUGGACCCUCGCAGAGACUAUAGAACGAAGAUUCUUCGAUCCUGUAACUGGACUCUUCAUAAUCCCAGGAACGGACAGACUUGUCUCCUUCGAGGAAUGCGUUAAACUUCAGAUUAUUGAUCCAAAUUCGGCAUGUGUUAUCGACCCUAGCAACGGACGUAAAGUCUCUCUGCUGCGAAGUCUGAAAAAGAAGAUAUUGGAUUCCACUGGACAUUAUACACAGCCGCAAAAGAUCUCCAUGAAAGAAGCCAUUACGAAGAACUUGGUGAUCCUGGAAAGUUGUGAGAUUACCGAGACGACGACUAUGACAACCACCACUGUGACUACCACGUCGAUGGAUAGUACGGAAUCUAGGGAAGAAGAAACGACUAGGACGAGUACGAGUCCGGAAGGUACGAGUCGUCAACGACUCUUCCAGAUCACCAGGGUUUCUGGAAAACCCGACAAGAUAGAGUUGACACAUAUUAACAAUCCAUCGAAGCGAAUUGAAAUCGCGAGCUCAUAUGCCAUUGAAGAGAGCUCCAGUCUCAUGGACCCUGUUCAGGUAGAUCAGGGCAUAAUCUACGAUCCAGCCACAGCACUUGUCAUAUUCACCGAGAGUGGUCAAUCGGCAAAUCUUCUGACAGCUGUCAAGGAAGGAGCGCUGCCAGCAGAAUCCGUCCAAGUUAAGAAUCCACAUACAGGCAAGAACAUGUAUGUCGAUGAAGCUCUGAAUCGUGGUGUCCUCGAUGCCAGGACGGGCGAAUACAAAGAUGGAAGCGGUAGGCGAAUUUCUCUUGCGGACGCUGCCAAGUUUGGUCUGGUGGCAGUCCUAGGAGCGCCUCUAGUCGCGACAGCGGCUGCUGUAGAAGCUGUCAAAAGAGCCAUGGUCGAGGAUCCUAAGACUGGCGAAAAGAUUCCCCGGGAAGUUGCCAUUGAGCGUGGUCUCGUCAGCAGAUCAGAGAUCAUCACGACUACUGUUCUUGUGAAGGAUCCAGAGAGUGGGCUUGAGAUCCCUGCUAGUGAGGCUAUCGAAAAGGGUCUCCUCACUUCCCAAGAACUUCAAGAUCUCGCUGCUCUUCCUGAUACCAAAGUCAAAGUUAAGAUAGUCGAUAGUAGUCGAGAGAUCGACGAUCUCUCCGAAGGCGAUGGACCUUCUCUGGCCGAAAGAACCAGGUCCCGCGUUACCACAGAACCAAAGUACAAGGUGACCAUUGGUCAGGCCAGGUCACUCUCCCGAAGUCCGGAUCGCCAAGCGAAACCAAUUGUCCUCCAGAAGAUGCGCAAGAGAAUCGUCCGUACGAAAGAGGCUUUGGAGAGCGGACUCAUUGAUGUCGAGACUGCACGGAUGAUUUCACCUGAACAAAAUAAAGAACCAAAGGAUGAUGGGACAGCCAGAACUCUUAGUGAAGCCAUCGAGAGUGAGGAGGUCGAUCCGGACAAGGGCAGGAUAGUCGAUCCUCAAAGAGGAGACAUUCUCAAUAUCAAAGAAGCCCUUCAGCGUGGUAUCCUGGAUCCAGAGACUGGUACUCUUCUGGUACCUCUUGCGCGAAGUUUAUCUCUUCCAGGACUGUACAAACAAGGACUCCUGGAGAAGCGUGACGGAAAGAUCAUUCAUCCAGAGACUGGGGCGCACCUUACGCUCAAUGAGGCGAUUGUCUGUGAAAUUGUGGAUCCUCUGUCUCGGCUCCGCUCAACUCUGACGGAUACUGGUCAGGAUGGGUUAGUGACCAUAGAGAAAGCCAUAGCCGAUGACGUUCUCGACGGCGAGAGAUGUCUGAUCAGGACAAGGAACGGCGAAAGUCUGGGUCUUGCAGAGGCUGUCGAACGUGGGGACAUCUUUGAGCCAGAUGUACCAGGGGGCGAGUCACCGAGAGAAAUUCCACCAGCAGGCAUGACAUUCCCUGUAGCCCUAAAGCGGGGGCUCGUUGAGACUAACGCCAAAGAGGUGAAACAUCCAAUAACCGGCGAACGUUUACCCAUCGAGGAAGCCAUCAAUCAGGAUUUCUUGAUGGCCUUCCCGUAUCCAGCAGCACCUGAUAGCAUUGAAGUGACAAAGGCUCUCGAGUCCGGACUCGUUGACAGCGAUAAGGGCGUGUUCGUGCACCCAACAACGGGCACGCUGCUCUCUGUAUCCGAAGCCGUCGAAUCUGGUCUCCUUAUAAUAAAGCCGCAAGUAAGUGGAAACGAAGGCACCGUCGCCGCGGUCACCGAGACUGUCACCUCCUAUCACACGAUAACCACCAAGACCAUAGAACUCCUCCCGGGAUAUGUUCUACUAAAUGCUUCACAGAUCCAGGAAAUUGAGACAGGACGAGUAAUCACAAUGGAGGAAGCGAAAGUUAGAGGAAUCGUUAAGGACGAGUCCGAGAUCAGAGAAGAAUUCACAACGAGGGAUAUUAAGAUGACCUUCAGCGACGCUGUCAGAAGAGGACUGGUUGACAUGAGCGCUGGUACUUACACUGAUCCUCAGAGUGGCGCUGUCAUACCAAUUGCCAAAGCCAUCGAGGAUGGCAUCCUGGACACUUCCGCUCCUAAGCCUCAACAACAGCUUGCACCUAGUCAACCUUCCGAAUCUACCCAGCUUCCUCAGCAACAACCUGGCAAGCCAUCAACGCAAUCACCAUCGCAGAUUGAUUCAGAAGUUUCCUCAAUAGCACCGUCCACAGUGACUGCUAUACCCGAAACUGGUCCACUAACUGUCCUGGAAGCAGCCGAGAGUAUCUACGACGAGAAGACUGGCAAGUUCAAGGACCCUAAUACCCAAAAGUCAUAUGACUUAAGUGAAGCAAUGGAGGUCGGAUUGAUAGAGUCUGAUUCUGUAAUGUACGAUGUCAAGAAUGCUGAAUCGAUCACAACCAAACAGGCUAUGGAGAGAGGACUCCUGAAUCCAAAGACUGGUAAGAUCACAGAUAAGGAUGGAUCUUCCAUGUCAGUGGCUGAAGCUGCUAAAUUAGGACUUCUUGCUGUUGUCGCUGCUCCAGUUCUUGCUGGGAAAGCUGUUUUCGACGCCAUUAAAGCUAGGCGUUCUUCAUCCGAUGAAGAGAACACAACAAGCAUCUCAACUUCCAUAAGUGAAGUACCACAAUCGCAUACAGUGGUACGGACUCCAGGUUCCACUGUCACCUCUGGUACCACUAUCAGCACCAGUACCAGCACCACCACUAGCACUAUUAUCACCACCAGUACUGGCAUUAGUGUUAGUAGAAGCGUCACUGACAGUGAUCAGGUGAAGCUGCGGCCGUCUCCAGAAUACGAUGAUAAGCAAGAGGAGGAGGAAGACGUCGAAAUGAAAGAACAAGAGCCGACAAAGAAAACUCUGGGUGCGGCCAUUGAGGGUAACUUGAUAGAACCAAAGACUUGCCAGAUACGGGUGGGCGAUACGGAAAUGCCCUACACGGUCCAGGAAGCUUUGGAAAAUAGACGAAUUGAGUUGAGUGAUACAGUAGAGGUGAUUGAUAGGACAUUGAUUCACAUAGUUACGGAAACUUCGCCAAGGUACAAGAUAACAGUCACCAAGGAACUGAACCGUGAGAGUCUUGCUGAACGAGGAGCAUUUGAUUUGGAGCAAAAUAAGUUCCUUGAUCCUGAGACAGGUGAGAUUGUCUCGUUCCAUCAGUUUGUCCUGGAUCUAGGUGUAUUUGAUCCUGACAAUGUCUUGGUGAAGGAUCUGUCAAGUAAAUCUGAGAGAUUCGUAACUCUGCGCGAGGCCAUCGAGAAACCCCUAGUUGAUCGCAAUUUAGGUAACAUGGUCGACCCCAAGACUGGCAGGAAGAUCCCCGUCUUCGAGGCGAUUCGUCUCGGCUGGAUAGUAGAAGGGGUCCCAGUGACCGACCAACGCGAAACGCGAACACCGACAAUUCGUACGAUGGAAGUGGCGGAAGAGGAGGCCCCACUGGCAUUGACGUUACAGGAAGCAGUAGAAGCCGGCGUUUACGAGACGUCUAGUGGUGCUCUGCAUGAUCCACGAUCUGGGCAAACCCUGACGUUUGCCGCAGCUGUCGAGAGCGGUUUGAUCGACGGAGACUCCAUUGGGAUACGUAAUCCUGCCAACGAUGAAAUCGUACCACUUCAGGAAGCGCUGGAGAAUGGUAUUGUAGAUUUAGCGCGUGGCGUCAUAGUAAACGUCGAGACGAGAACGGAGAUUGACAUCAGGGUUGCUUUCGUAAAAGGUUUAGUCGUACCUGGGUUCAGGAAACCUAUUUCCCUGGAGGCACUUGUCAAAAAGGGUCUCUACGAUCCCGAGAGUGGACGCAUCCUGGAUUCUCUAACGAAACAGCGUGUCGACGUCGAAGAGGCAGUACGACGCGGCAUCGUCGACGCGUUCAUCACUGAGUGCCAGGAUGCUGCAGCAGGAUCUUUCCUUUCCUUGGACGACGCCAUCACUGCAAAACUCCUAGAUUCCAAGACUGGACGUUUACGCGAUACCAGGGCUGGCGAGUCUUUGAGCCUUGACGUUGCCCUAGAACGAGGUCUCCUAGUAACCAGCGGUUUCGUACCUUCCCUCAUCGACGUCAUCGUACAGGAAUACUACUCGCCCAGAACUGGUCUAGUUCUGAAUCCAAUGACCGGCGAGGAAUUGACUCUUAAGCGAGCACUGGCUAUUGGCUAUGUUGACGGCAGCGCGACUGUCAUUAAGGACGAGAAGAGCGAGAGAGUGUUACCUUUAGAGGAAGCUCAGAAAACUAGACUCGUCGACCUUGAGAAGGGUCUUCUUCUCUACCCGCACUCCAUGACUCUUGACGUGGCUUUUGAAAAAGGAUACAUCUUGAGUACUGUAAAACCCUGGAGCCUUCAGGAAGCCCUUGCCCAUCAGUGUUACGAUCCACAUAGCGGUAUGUUCCUUAUCGAGGGCCAAAAACUUACCCUGGAGGAGGCGAUCGAAAAGGGUCUGAUCAGUCGUGACAGUCCUUCCGUGAAGGACCCACGAACCGGUGAUAUAAUAUCUCUGAGCGAAGCCAUAAAACACGGAUUGAUCGAUCCUAAGACCGGAACAGGCAUCGAGCCUGCAACUGGGAUUCCUAUCAGCCUUAUCGAUGCCUUGGAGCGUGGUCUGAUCGUGCCGGCUAAACGAAAGAUAUCCUUGCCAGAAGCAGUCUUUAAGGGCUUUUACGAUCCGAAGACUGGACAGUUCAGCAUUCCUGAGACGCAGGAGAAACUGCCGACCGACCGGGCGAUUAAGAAGGGCGUCAUAGAUCCUAGUUCUGCGAUCGUGCGUCAUCCCCACGACCCCCAGGGCGACACGGUCAUCACUUUCGAUCGGGCGAUCCGAGAAUUCAUUGUCGACCCUAAGAGCGGCACUAUUACCAAUGACAGAGGGGAACCUGUGGACUUCAGGGAAGCCUUCGAGCAUGGACUCCUGGUUGAGACUCGCCGUCCAAUGAGCCUCAGUGAAGCUCUCACAAAGGGUAUCCUGAACGAGGCGAGUGGCACCUUCCUGGACCCGCAGACAGGCGCUCAAAUUGGCUUCCUGGAAGCAAUUCGGCGUAAUCUUAUCGACGCUGAAUCGGUUACCCUGAGGGACACGAGAACAGGACUCUGGAAGACGAUGAUAUUAUUGGAGGCAAUCCGCGCCGGCUACGUCGACGAAAAAACUGGACGAAUCAGGAAGGAUGCGUCGUCUCCACGAGAUGAGACCGGUGCUACACUCUCCCUGCGUCAGGCAUACGAGAGCGGAUUGAUUGUCGACAACAAGGCACCAGUGUCCCUUCAACGUGCCAUUCACCAAGGCCUCUACGACGAAAGCACUGGGAAAAUCACAGAUCCCAGCACGGGCCGGGCCGUUACCCUUCACGAGGCAAUGCGAAAGUGUCUCAUCAGUCCCACCCUGGCCUGUUAUUGGGACAAACGCACGGAACGACUUCUUUCCCUGGCCGAGACGUGCAGGGCCUCCGUGAUCGACCGACGUUCAGGUCUGUUCCGCGAACCAGGUGCCAGCCGCUCAGUGUCCUUGGGACAUGCUCUUCAGCUUGGACUUAUCGUUGAUAUCGAGAGUGCCGGCUUUGGACUUUACGAAGCACUCCUUAUGGGCAUCUACGAAAGUAAUUCUUCCCGCUUUGUGCAUCCCUCGACCGGCCGCAAAUUCACCCUGGCUGAAGCCUGUAACGAUGAACUCAUCGAUCCUCAGUCCUCUCUAGUGAAGAAUCCUACCACUAACAAAUAUAUCUCAUUGCCAGAUGCCAUUGCCGCAGGUAUUAUCGACGACACGAAGAACAGCUUUGUGGUUCCUGAAAGUGGAAAGGUCAUGGAUAUCCAAGAAGCACGAAAACGGGGCUUUGUGGUACCUUCGAAAAAGCCACUGUCGAUCGAAGAAGCUGUCAGGUGUUCCUUGUAUCGCGGCGACAGUGGCAAGUUUGUCGAUCCUUCCCUCAACGAGUACCACGAUCUGGAGGAAGCUCUUGCCGUGGGUCUUCUGGACCCUGACACAACGGCACUCAAAGAUGCCACCAGCGGACGUAUCAAGUCUCUGCAAGCAGGUAUCGCCGAUGGGACCAUCGACGUUCCUAAAGGGCGGGUCCUGGACCCCAAGAGUAAGCGAGCUUACAACAUCGACGUAGCUCUAGAACGUGGACUCCUCGUCAGCAUCGAUAAACCAUUGACCCGAGUCGAUCUGGACGUCGUCGUAAAUGUCUCGGACGCAGAUGCAGAACCAGAUUCAAAAUCAUAUGGUGCGAAAGAAUCCCGAGCUGUUCGCGAGUGCACCCUCGAAGAAGCCAUUAGAUACGAGCUGCUCGAUCCCGAGACAGCAAUUCUCAAAGAUCCCCGCACAGGCCGCUUCAUCAGCGUCAGAAGAGCAAUAGACGAAGGCGUAGUCGAUCCCUCAAAGCGAGGAAGCAUUGAGCUCCGAAGCGGAAAGACAGUAGACACGCGUUGCAUCCGUUUCGAGGACGUCCUCGUAUUUUUGGAAGAACCCGUAAGCUUCGAAAAGGCUAUGGAAACGGGUCUCCUCUCCCCGGAGACUGGCAAGUUCACUGAACCAAAGACUGGCACCGUCCUCACACUGAAGGAAGCCGUGAGUCUCGGCAUCGUCGAUCCCGAUUCUGCCCUGAUCAAGGACACGCAAAAACGAAAGCUAGUAAAGCUCGCAGAAGCUUUCCGCAAGGGCAUGAUGGACGCCGAGAAGAGUAGUGUCCUGGACACCCAAAGCUCAAAAUUGUACACCCUACCAAAGGCAAUCGAGAGUGGCCUUCUGGUAACGCCCAAGCGUGGUCUAACAUUCAUCGAGGCGUUACAAUUCGGUCUCUACAAUCCUACCACUGGCGGUUUUUAUGACCCCUUCGUGAUUACUUCCGUCCUAGAUCGUAAGCGUCUGACCCUCCUAGAGGCUAUAGAUUCAGCACUCAUAGAUCCCUCGAGCACGGUGAUCAAGGAUCCUGUGACUGGGAAAAUCGUUACGUUGUUAGACUCAAUAAGUGAAGCCAGGAUAGAUCCUAUAGCAGGCAGGUUUAUCGAAGACCCCAACGGCAAGAGUCUCGACUUCGUCAAGGCCUUGGAACGGGGUUACGUGCUCGCCGCUGAAGCCAGGCAAGCGGUGGAGGAGAAGUACAAGUUAUGUGAUGAAAGCCUGACCAAGCUCUUGCAAUGGAUCUCGGCUGUAGAAGACAAACUGGCCAAUCAGGAUGUCGUCAAGGAGGAUAUCGAGGAACUGAGAAAUCAGAUAAACGUGAUGAAGCAAGUGAAAGAGGAUCUGGAGGCACACAGUCGCCCAGUCUCUUCGUGUCUGGAUCAAGUUCGCCAAGUGGUUCUCACUGGAAGCGACGUCCUCUCGAGCGACGAAGUGUCGACCCUCGAGAAGAAUGGACGCUCGUUGAAAACACGAUUUGAGAGAGCCACAGACCGUACGGAACGUCUUCUAAGACGUCUCACUGGAGCCCGAGAUGAACUCUCGAAGUUCAAAAACGAGAUUGUGUCGUUCUCUUCGUGGCUGGAUAAGGCUAGACGAACCCUGGAGGAUAAGGAACGUUCAUUGUCAGACCUGAAGAAGUUGACCAGCAGUUCAGAUUCCACCCGGGACUUUGUAAGUGAUGUGAUCGCUCACCAGGCUGAUCUGCGAUUCAUCACGAUGGCAGCACAGAAGUUUGUUGACGAGGGCAAGGAGUACCUCCAGGUUUUGAAUGAAUUCAGAACAGGUCUGCCACAACGAUUGCCCCACAAGGAACCAUUGCCAGCUCAGGAUUCACCGGUGCGCAGCGAAGUUUCUAUUGUAACUGCCCAUUAUAAGGAUCUUCUCUCCAGAGCAAAUGCUCUGUCGGACAGACUCUCCGGAGUUGGAGGCAGACAACGUGACUAUCACGAUUCCCUCGAUAAGGCCAAGUCCUGGCUGAAGGAAGUUGAACCAAAGGUGAACAAAGUCAUCUCCGAGCCCGUAGCGGCCGAACCUAAACAAGUCGAAGAUCAGCUCAGCAAAGCCAAGGCAAUGAAUAAUGAAUUCCUGGCGAAUGAAAGACUCGUGGACAAUGCCAAGUCUAGCGUUGAUGCCCUCCUAAGAUCUCUCGAUGGGCAACUCACACCUAACGAGACGAAUCAACUCGAGGAACCUGUAAGAGCCCUUGAGGAUAAGUACAGGCAACUGGGCAAUGCUCUGGCCGACAAGUGCCAGGAACUCGAUACAGCUCUCGUUCAAAGUCAGGGAGUCCAAGAUGCUCUUGAUGGUCUAGUCAAUUGGCUCAACAACGCUGAGAGUCAGUUCAAAAAUCUUCAACGACCGGCAAGUUUGCAGAAGGAGCGACUGGAAGAACAACAACGCGAACAGCGUGUGCUUCAAGCAGACCUGGAUAGUCACCGCGCGAGUGUAGAUGCUAUUAGCACAAGCGCCCAGGAUCUCUUGGUCAACUCCAGUAACGCGCGCGUAGCCAAACGCAUUGAAGCCAAGCUUAAGGAUGUUCAGAGUAGAUUUGAAAAGUUAAUGGACAAGUCUCUUCGCCGUGGCGAGUUCCUUGAUGAGGUUUCACAGGCACUCAAUGAAUUCAGCAACGAGACAGCGAAGUUCGACAACUGGUACUCGCACAUACUGGAUGCCCUUGAGUCUAGGCAACUUUCCAAACUCGACGUCUCAGAAUACGAAACCAGGAUGGCUCAAUUGGUACAUAAACGUGACGAUCAACAUGCCAACUUUGAUGAUCUCAUUCGUAAUGGCAAGGCCCUACUUUCAAAGAAGGAUAUCACCGACGCAGCUCCGAUUAGAGAGAAAAUCAAGGCUCUGGAGAGCCAAUGGAAGGAGCUCAAUAGUCUCCUUGACGAGAAGCAACGUCUCAGCAAGUCACGUGCCGAGCAACUUAAUGCGUAUGAGAAGCUACGCGAUCAAGUUAUCGAUUGGCUCAAUAAAAGUGAGAACAAGGUUCAGAGACUGCAACCAGUUGCCGUUGACCUGGACAAACUCAAGAAGCAGGCUGAGGAACUCAAGCCUAUACAAAAGGAAUACAGAGACUAUGGCGUCACGGUGGAUAAAGUUAAUGAUCUUGGUAUCGCUUACGAUAGUUUACUCAAGGAACGCGGUGAGAGUCCCACCAGACGACGUGGCAGUGCGAGUCCUACGAAGAGGCCUAAUGUCACCGGUCCACUACGUCGCACAUCACAAGAUGGUCGUUCGCCAUCCCCCACCAAAUCCUAUGCAGUUCAAAGCCCAGUGUCUCCAGGUGGUAGCAGUGGAUUCAGCAGCCGACGCUCUAGUCAAGAUGGAUUCCAUUUGGAAGAACUCUCUCCUGUUCAGCAACAGCUUUCGGAGAUAAAUAAUCGAUAUGGUUUAUUGGGUGUCAGGUUGGCUGAUAGGCAAACCGAGUUGGAUAACAUCAAAGAUGAGCUGAGGAAGCACUUGGAUAACUUGAAAACACUCUCUCAGUUCUUGGACAAGGUACAAAGACAACUACCUAAGGAGACGAUUCCAUCAAGCAAAGAAGAUGCUGAUAAGACCGCCAAGCAAAUCAAGACCGUUAUCGAGGAAAUGUACGAAAAGCAAUCUCUACUUGACAGUACAAGGACCCAGGGUCGGGAUCUUGUGCGUCGCAAGAAAGGAGCCGACGGCGUUGAUCGCCUGAAUGAUGAACUUGAAGAUGUGUCUAGUAGAUGGAAAUCCAUUUCAGACAGAUGCAAGGAUAGAAUCAGAUUCUUGGAAGAUAUGCGUGAAUUCCACGAUACUCACGAGGGUUUGAAUUCCUGGUUAGGAGCUAAGGAGCGGAUGCUCGGGGCUUUGGGUCCCAUUUCAUCGGAUCCACGAAUGGUCGCCAGUCAGGUUCAGCAGGUUCAGGUCUUACGUGAAGAGUUCAGAACACAACAGCCACAACUUGACCAUUUGGCUGAAGUUGGUGAAAGUGUCCUGGCGAGAAUUAACGUUAACUCUCCUGAUGGCCAGAAGAUCAAUGCCAAACUUCAGAAUGUUCUUGACCGAUGGGCAGAUCAACUUGGUCGCCUAGACGAGCGUGCCCAAAGUCUUGGGGAUGCUGUCGACACUAGUCGAGAAUUUGACGCCAGUCUUAAUCGACUUCGUGAUGCUCUUCAAGGCAUAUCCGACAAUCUGGAUGAUCUUCCUCUUGACAAAGAUCCUGAAGAACAGCUACGUAAAAUCGAGAACCUAGAGCGACAGCUUGAAGGUCAGAGACCUCUUCUUGCCGACGCAGAAGCUGCCGGCGCUCAAUUGUGCGAGGUGUUGAGUGAUCCUGCGUCGAAAUCUGAGAUUCAGGGAAAACUCGCAGCUGUUGGAAAGCUUUACAACAAUCUACAAAAGAAACUGGAUCACAGGAAGGCUGAGGUUGAGGGUAAUCUCCGUGACGGACGUCAAUUCGAAACAUCUUGCAGCAAGACCCUAGGUUGGCUCGCAGACGAACUGGGUAACAUGUCUGAGAAAUUGUUAGUAUCCGCCGAUCGUGAGAUUCUGCAGCAACAGUUGGACCAUCAUGAGCCUGUCUAUCGCAACGUAAUGGCCAAAGAACACGAGGUGAUUAUGUUACUAAACAAGGGACGUGAUCUUCUGGCAAGAUCACAGAAGGCAGAAAACCGUUCUCUCCAGCGAGAUCUAGACAAGAUGCAGUCUCAAUGGGACCGACUAAAGAAGGACACCCUAGACCGCCAUACAAAGUUACAAACUUGUGCAGAACACUGCAAGAAGUACUACCGUGCCCAGGACGUCUUCUUGCCAUGGCUACGCCAGGCAGAAGAUAAGUUGGAGGGUCUGAAACCGGCAUCCUUCAAGCGCAAGGACAUAGAGAAGCAACUCAAGGAACUCUCGUCCUUUAGGAACGAAGUAUGGAAACGUUCUGGUGAAUUUGAGAACAAUAAGACCCUAGGCGAGACUUUCCUCAGUGCUUGCGACAUCGAUAAGGAAGUCGUUAAGAAUGAACUCGGAGCUAUGAAGGCGAGAUGGGAUAAAUUGAACAAUGACCUUUUGGAAAGAACCCAGUCGCUGGAAGACACUGCUCGGCACUUAUCGGACUUCAACGAGAAUCUGCGUGAUGUGCAGCACGGCUUGCAGCGGUGCGAGGAUAAAUUGGCAUCGCACGAUGCUCUUGGUGGAGCCUCUAAGGACCCCAAGCUUCUCGACCGAAUAAAGAAUCUACGAGAAGAAACAUCAAGCCUAAAGAAGCCGCUGCAGGCUGUACGUCAACAGGCUAACGAUCUGGUCCACAAAGCCAGUGAACAGGGUGUGGAUGCGAGUCAUCUGCAAGAUGAGGUUGACAAUGUCACUGACCGUAUAGAUGAUCUCCAAGCGAAAUUGGACGAUCGAUGCAGCGAUUUGCAGAGUGCUGCCACAGCAAUGGCUCAAUUCAAUGACCAAGUAAAGGUUCUAAGCCAGGAUCUUGCUGCUGUAGAGAACGAACUUGAUUCGAUGAAGGCUCCUGGUCGUGAUGUAAAGACCGUCCGUGGACAGCAGGAGGACGUGGGCAAGGUGAUAAACAAGUUGAAUAAAUUGUCCGAUGGCGUGGCCGACGCUGUGAGCUCUGGUGAACGCCUCGUCGACUCUGGAUUUGCUCCGGAUGCCGUAGCCACUCGCGAUCAAGUUGAGGGACUUAAACGUCAUCUUGGAAAGCUUGAUGAGCGCGCGCGUAAUAGGGAGGACGAACUACAUGAUACCUUGGACAAACUUCAAGAGUUCUAUCAUGCACAUGCUGACGUGAUGGACGAUAUUGCGGAGGCGAACGACCAAAUUAGAAAAUUAAAACCCGUCGGUUCGGAAGUCGACUCCAUCAGAGCUCAGCAGGAUGACUUCAGAGCCCUGAAAACUGGCAAGAUUGAACCAAUUGGUCAUGCUGUUGAUGAAUGCAAUCGGCUGGGACAGGUACUGGUUCAAAGUGCUGCGCGGGAUGUUAACACUGGAAGUAUUGAGAAGGAUCUUGACAAGAUGAAUGAGAAAUGGAACGAUCUUAAGGACAGACUUAAUGAGAGGGACAGAAAGUUGGACGUCGGACUUCUUCAGUCUGGCAAAUUCCAGGAAGCCUUGGACGGCUUGGAAAAGUGGUUGGCCGAUACCGAAGAGAUGGUUGCUAACCAAAAACCACCCUCGUCAGACUAUAAGGUUGUGAAGGCACAGCUACAGGAACAAAAGUUUCUGCGUAAAAUGCUGAUGGAUAGACAGAAUUCCAUGUCCUCCCUGUUCAAUAUGGGACAGGAAGUUGCUGCUGGUGCUGAGCCAAAGGAACGUAAAGCUAUUGAGAAGCAACUGAAGGACCUUAUGGGCAGAUUUGACAAACUUAGCGAAGGUGCCGCGGAGAGGAUGGAUGCGCUUGAACAAGCAAUGGCUGUCGCGAAGGAAUUCCAGGAGAAGUUGUUGCCUCUUGCUAUUUGGUUAGACAGAACUGAAAAACGAGUGAAGGAUAUGGAACUGGUACCAACCGAUGAAGAAAAGAUUCAGCAACGUGUUUCUGAACACGACGUGCUUCACGACGAUAUCCUUUCGAAGAAGGUCGACUUUAGUGAAUUGACAGAAAUCGCCAGUCAGUUAAUGGGAUUGGUAGGAGAGGAGGAAGCUGCAAUCCUCGCUGACAAACUUCAGGAUGCGGCUGAAAGAUACGCUAGUCUUGUUGAACGUUCUGAAGCUCUUGGAGCUCUUCUUCAACGCUCGAGACAAGGACUAAGACACCUCGUGCUAAGCUACCAGGAUCUGCAGGCAUGGAUGGAGAGCAUGGAAGUGCGACUUUCCAAAUACCGAAUCUUGGCCGUACAUACGGAACGGCUUCUGCAACAAAUGGAAGAUCUGGCCGACUUGACUGAAGAGGUUAGCGCUCGUCAGACCGAGGUUGACUCUACGACGGAUUCAGGGCUCGAGUUGAUGAAGCACAUCUCAAGCGAUGAAGCAUUACAGCUAAAGGAUAAGCUGGAUUCGUUGCAAAGACGAUUCAAUGACCUAGUGACAAGAGGUUCCGAGUUGCUUAAACAUGCUCAGGAAGCUCUACCACUGGUUCAGCAAUUCCAUGACAAUCAUAAUCGUCUCAUGGACUGGAUGCAGGGUGCUGAGUCAGCUCUACAAUCUGCCGAACCUCGCGAGGAUGAGAUCAUCCGUCUCGAAAUGGAAAUAUCAGAGUACCGUCCCGUCUUGGAGAAAAUCAACACCGUCGGUCCACAACUGUGCCAGAUUUCUCCUGGGGAAGGCGCCGCGACGAUCGAAGGUCUCGUCAGUCGCGACAACCGACGUUUCGACGCUAUCGCCGAGCAAAUUCAGCGCAAGGCUGAAAGAAUCCAACUAAGCAAGCAGCGUUCUUUGGAAGUGAUCGGUGACAUCGAUGAACUCCUUGACUGGUUCAGGGAAGUUGACAAUCAGCUACGAGAGGCAGAGCCACCAAGCAGUGAACCUGAGAUUAUCCGUGUGCAGCUCAAGGAACACAAGGCUCUUAACGAUGACAUCUCUAGCCAGAAAGGCCGCGUUCGCGACGUCAUCUCUACGGCCAAGAAGGUCAUUCGCGAGAACGCCCAACAUGAGGAUACUUCAACGAUCCGAGAUAAGAUGGAAGAACUACGUGAGAGUAUGGAAAUCGUAUCAGGACUGUCUUCUGAUCGACUGGGUGCCCUAGAGCAAGCACUGCCUUUGGCAGAGCAUCUACGCGACACCCAUGCGGGCCUCGUCAGCUGGCUCGAGGAAGCUGAACAACAGAUUGCCAUGCUGCCAAUGCCAGCUCUUCGCCCUGACCUUAUCGUUACCCAGCAGGAUAAGAACGAGCUCCUGAUGCAGAGCAUUAACGAACACAAACCUCUCGUGGAGAAGCUCAACAAGACCGGCGAAGCUCUCGCACGCCUCUGCAACGACGAGGAAGCUGCUAAGGUGCAGGAAAUUCUUGAUAAUGAUAACGCAAGAUAUGCUGCCCUUCGGGCUGAACUACGCGCUCGACAACAGGCACUGGAACAAGCCCUCCAGGAAUCCUCACAGUUCUCUGAUAAACUUGAAGGUAUGCUCCGCGCUCUAUCUUCAACUGCUGAUCAGGUAAAUGGCGCAGAACCCGUAAGUGCUCAUCCGCCUCGGCUACGCGACCAGAUGGAAGACAACGCUGCUCUCGCAGACGACCUGGCUCAACGUUCUGAAGCCUACGCGGCCGUGAAGAAAGCUGCUGAUGAUGUUAUCAGCAAAGCCGGCAACAGAGCAGAUCCUGCAGUAAAGGACAUUAAGAGGAAACUUGAUAAGCUGAAUAAACUAUGGGCCGAGGUACAGAAAGCAACCACAGACCGGGGUCUUACCCUGGACGAUACCCUCGCCUGCGCCGAGAAGUUCUGGUCAGAACUUAACGGUGUAAUGGCUACACUUCGGGAGCUUCAGGAUGCUCUAGCAGGACAGGCACCGCCAGCAGUUCAACCAGCUGCUAUUCAGCAACAGCAAGUCGCUCUGCAAGAAAUCCGUCAGGAAAUCGACCAGACGAAACCGGACGUGGAGCAAGUGCGAGCUUCCGGUCACGAACUGAUGGGUCUCUGUGGCGAACCAGACAAACCGGAAGUUCGCAAGCACAUCGAGGACCUGGAUCAGGCCUGGGACAACGUAACGGCCUUGUAUGCAAGGCGAGAGGAGAACCUCAUCGACGCAAUGGAAAAAGCCAUGGAGUUCCACGAGACCUUGCAGAACCUCCUCGAGUUCCUCGAGGAGGCCGAGGACAAGUUCGCUGGCAUGGGCGCUCUGGGUAGUGACAUCGACGAGGUCAAACUGCAGAUCAAACAGUUGUCCAACUUCAAGGCUGAGGUCGAUCCACACAUGGUCAAGGUCGAAGCCCUUAACAGGAGUCUGACAAGGCAAGCGGCAGAACUUACGGAGAGGACAUCGUCAGAGCAGGCAGCGGCUAUUAAGGAACCAUUGGGCGCCGUCAAUCGUCGCUGGGAUGGAUUAUUGCGAGGCGUUGUCGAGAGACAGAGACUUCUGGAGAACGCAUUGCUGCGACUUGGACAGUUCCAACACGCAUUAGAUGAAUUACUCGUUUGGAUUGAGAAGACAGACAAGACUUUGGAUGAACUGAAGCCAGUAGCUGGUGAUCCUCAGGUGAUUGAGGUCGAGCUGGCUAAAUUGAAGGUGCUCGUAAACGACAUCCAGGCGCAUCAGACCAGCGUCGAUACACUCAACGAUGCUGGCAGACAACUCAUAGAGGAUGGCAAAGGAAGCGCAGAGGCCUCGACCACUGCCGAAAAAUUGGGUACUCUGAAUCGACGCUGGCGAGAUCUUCUGCAACGUGCAGCUGAUCGACAACGCGAACUCGAGGAUGCGCUGCGGGAGGCUCAAUCCUUCACUGCAGAAAUUCAAGAUCUUCUGUCUUGGUUGGGUGACGUGGACAAUACCAUUGUCGCUUCAAAGCCUGUAGGCGGUCUUCCGGAAACUGCAUCCGAGCAGCUAGAGCGCUUCAUGGAAGUCUACAAUGAACUUGAACAAAAUCGUCCAAAGGUCGAGACAGUUCUUCAACAGGGCCAAGAAUAUUUAAAGCGUGCUGGUACCGGAAGUGCUGGUUCACUCAAUCAUAAUCUACGUAGCCUGAAGCAACGCUGGGACAGUGUCACUGGUCGCGCAAGUGACAAGAAGAUCAAGCUGGAAAUCGCCCUGAGAGAAGCCACGGAAUUCCACGAUGCUCUCCAGGCCUUUGUUGAUUGGUUGACAAACGCGGAGAAGAUCCUGACCAACCUUAAACCGGUAUCACGCGUCAUGGAGACCAUUCUCGGUCAGAUCGAGGAACACAAGGCCUUCCAGAAGGAUGUGGGCGUCCACCGUGAGACCAUGCUUAACCUUGAUAAAAAGGGUACACAUCUGAAAUACUUUUCGCAGAAACAGGACGUCAUAUUAAUAAAGAAUCUGCUGAUCAGCGUGCAGCACCGCUGGGAACGCGUCGUUUCUAAGUCAGCAGAGAGGACGCGUGCCCUCGACCAUGGUUACAAGGAGGCACGUGAGUUCCAUGAUUCCUGGUCUGCUCUCAUCAGUUGGCUGGAUGAUACUGAAAAGAGCUUAGACGAAGUUGCUGCCGAUGGCCUCGGUGGCAAUGAUCCUGAGAGGAUUAAGUCACGUCUAAAUAAGCACCGUGAGGUUCAGAAGGCUUUGGGCGCGAAGCAAGCUACCUACGAUAGUACUAUGAAGUCUGGCAAAGCCCUGAAGGAUAAGGCACCCAAGCCCGAUGAGCCCGUCCUAAAGGACCUCCUCGACGAGCUCAAGAACAAAUGGACUCGCGUCUGCGCCAAGAGCGUUGACCGUCAACGGAAGCUUGAGGAAGCCCUUCUCUUCUCUGGACAGUUUAAGGACGCCAUUCAAGCUCUUCUUGAAUGGCUCCGGAAGACUGAGAGGAAUCUGGCCAAUACUGGCCCUCUUCAUGGUGACCUCGAUACCGUGACCAACCUUAUGGAACAACAUAAAUCUUUCGAACGUGACCUCGAAUCUCGAGCCAAUCAAAUGGGCUCAGUGACAAAAACAGGGAGAGAACUCGAAUCGAAGGCUGCAACUCCUCAAGAUGCGUCUACGAUACGUUCACAGUUGAACGAGGUUAGCACUCUCUGGGAAAAGGUUAGUCGACUAUCCUCAGCGAAGAGCGCUCGUCUCGAGGAAGCUCUUCGCGAGGCCGAACGUCUUCACAAGGCAGUUCACGUGCUGCUCGAAUGGCUCGGUGAUGCUGAAAUGAAGCUCCGCUUCGCUGGACAAUUACCGGAAGAUGAGCAAGAGAGUCGUAACCAGCUGAUCGAACACGAGAAGUUCUUGCGUGAGCUCGCUUCCAAGGAAAUUGAGAAAGACAGUACCCUGGAACUUGCUCACGUCAUUCUUGCCAAAGCUCAUCCAGAUGGCGCAGCUGUGAUUAAACACUGGAUCACAAUAAUCCAAUCUAGAUGGGACGAGGUUUCGACCUGGGGUCACCAGCGAAACCAGCGACUUGAGAAGCACAUGCGAGGUCUUCAGGACCUCGAUAAUCUCCUCGAGGAGUUACUCGCCUGGCUCGAGGGUCUCGAAAACACCUUGAAAGCCCUGGAGGCUGAACCUCUACCAGACGAUCGUGUUGCUCUGGAGGAGCUUAUUGUUGACCAUCGUGAAUUCAUGGAGAAUACAAGUCGCAGACAGAACGAGGUCGACCGUGUUUGCAAGGCCAGACAGGCCAAGCCACCCCUCAAGGACGCUCGCAAAAUGUCCAAACCGAAGCCACCCCUUUCAUCGGCAUCUGCUAAGGAUCAUCAUCAUCAUCAAGAGCACAAUCACGAGUACUCUCCACUGCGCAAGCAAAGUUUCAAAGGAAGCCGAGAUCUGUCCCAAGCAUCCCGACGUGGAAGCCGAGCCAGCCCGGGUCGUGACAGAACGCCAGACUCUUCGUUGCCGCACAUCGGGCCACGCUUCCCGCCUAAAGGAAGCAAAGGAGCAGAGCCAGAAUUCCGUAGUCCGAGGGUGAAACUCCUCUGGGACAGAUGGCGCAACGUCUGGAUGCUCGCCUGGGAGCGACAACGACGACUCCAGGACAAGUACAAUUACAUACAGGAACUUGAUCGUGUCGCAAACUUCAGUUGGGAAGAUUGGCGCAAGAGGUUCUUGAAGUUCAUGAACCACAAGAAGUCGCGACUAACAGAUCUCUUCAGGAAGAUGGACAAGAACAACGACGGAUCGAUACCACGAGAAGACUUUAUUCAAGGAAUCAUGAAUACCAAAUUCGAAACAUCUCGACUCGAGAUGGGUGCAGUGGCCGAUCUCUUCGAUCGUCACGGUGAGGGUCUGAUCGAUUGGAAGGAGUUCAUCGCCGCCCUUAGACCCGAUUGGGAAGAGCGUCGUACCUACCAUGACACUGAUAAGAUACACGACGAGGUCAAACGACUCGUGAUGCUCUGCACUUGCAGGCAGAAGUUCCGCGUGUUCCAGGUUGGCGAAGGAAAAUACAGGUUCGGCGACAGCCAGAAGCUUCGUCUCGUUCGAAUUCUUCGCUCUACCGUGAUGGUCAGAGUGGGUGGUGGCUGGGUAGCUCUGGAUGAAUUCCUCCUCAAGAACGACCCCUGCCGCGUCUUCCUAAUGCCAAUACCGGAUCCUAACAAGCCGGAGCAGCACGAGGGCUGGUGUCCGCUCGGUAAGGCUGCUUCAGUCAUCUCACGAUUAGUCACAUAUCUACAGAUAUACAUACAUAUCUUUUCUCAUAACUUCGUCUUCUUAUGUCUUACGUGAACCAAUUGGUACCCGGAUGACCUCAGACUCUUGAAAAUUGCAACCAUAACUAACGACGAUUAACCUAUUUUCAUAUCUGACGCAUAUGCCUUUACAGCAUCCUGGACCAUCUUCUAUGUUAUUUCAUGCAUAUACUAUGUAUAUCUGUAGCCACCGUCAGCCGUGUUUCUUUUCAUGCGUUGCAUGCAGCACAUUAACGUUCAUCGUCAGAGCUGUAUUUCAUUUGUGUCAGUUUCUUUGUUUUCCUUAUAGACAUUUUAUCAGGGAUUCUACUUCACGGAACGCACCCUGGAUCGGUGGAAUUUACGUUUUAAAAAAUAGAAUCGAUCGGUCGUAAUUAAUGAAUUCAUCAUAUUUACCAUCAUUCUUAUUCGCCGUUCGGUAGGCUCAAGGUAGUAGAGGGUUAAGAUUUUUUUUACUUAGGUCUAUAUGCGGAGCAGCGCGAUUCUCUGUUCGACCAACGGUAUGGUGUUUUGGGAGCUUGAUUUUCCUUUUUUUUUUUUUUUUAAUUCACUUAACCAUACUUUAUUUAUUGUUAGUUUUUGGCAUGGUGGUUGGCGUUUGUACUGGAUCGAUGUGGCGACUUUUUUUUUUUUUUUUAAUUUUUUUUCUCCCAUCGCUCGUACCUUCUAGUUACCGUUUGUAACGUGAAACAACAAUCCGAAUCGGAAGUUAAUUAUAUUUUCUUAAUUCAUACAUAGAAUGCCACUGCCGAUCUGUUUCACGUUUCAAACUUUGAUAUAAUGUAGCAUUAUAGUAUUGCCUCUUACCUCCGGUACACGUUACUCGGUGUCCGGUUCUUGGUGCUCUUUGCUUAGAGUGUAAUACAGUGUAAUAUAUAGAGAAGAAUUGUGCUAAAUUUUGCGAGAACUCCAAAUGGUUGUAUAUUGUAUUACACGCUGACGCAGUGGCCGCCACUGGACCGUUGUAUGUCACAUCGAUUAUUCGUAUUUAUUUAUGCCGCAUUACAUUUGUUCUUGUACAGGACUGUGAAGUUCAAAAAUAUCAGUCAGAUUUGACAGUCGUCAAAGCUCUGUCUCGUAGGUUUGGUCUUAACAGAGUCCUGUACACGCAAUACGUUCUUUGAUCCAAUCUAAAGACGUUGUUUUCUUUUUCUUUUUUUUUUUUCAUUCCCAACGACACGCACACAAACGCCACACCAACACGAUUACAUAUACAUGACAUAUUUAUGCCUGCACGCACAUACCUAUAAUAUUUCUGUCACACAAACACACACACACACACAAAAUUUCACGUGACAAUCGCUUCGUCUUUCUGCUCCUUCACGAAUUUUUUUUUUCCGUUUUUCCGCACAAUUGAAAUAUCCGCUGAAAAUCACUAAUCCGCAUGCCUCGAUAUUGUACAUCUGUAAAAAAAAUGGAAUUUGUACCGCUAUUACCGAAUCUCCAUUCAUCGUCCUUGUCCCGAAUCAACGAAAUCCCCAUAAUAUUUUCUUUGAUUUGGCGACUUUUUUUUUUUAUUUCUUUCUCCUCCUCCGUCACAUACAAAAACAUAAAAACAAAAUCCACACUGCCACUCUCUGUACAAAACCAAAUACCCUCAUACAUGAGAACAUCCGUUUCCUCAUCUGUAAAUCCCAUAACGCCUCUCCCACUAACUGCGUG